AAGCCUGGCUGGAGUGGCUGGACUCGCCCAGUGCGUCCUGUCACCGGAGCGCAGGGGACACCGCGCUUCCACGGGAGAUCGAGCUGGGUCGAGGCUCCGCCAACCUUUUCUAGGUUGAGCGCGCUCUCAGAGGCUCUUUGGACACUGCAGGUCUGCCAUUUUCAUGACUAAUUGCCAUUUAGAGCAAGCAGAGUACUGGAUGCUGUGUUGAAUAACUGCCAGUUCCAAUUGAAGGCAGAGAUGGCAGCAAGAAGCGAUAAAUGCACAAUGUUUUUAGAGCAUAUGUCGCAGUAUAUUUUGAAACAUUUGCCAAAGGCUGAGUAUUCAAGUUUACUCAAUGAUUUUGUUGAGUCCGAAUUUUUUCUCAUUGAUGGGGACUCAUUACUUAUCACAUGUAUAUGUGAGAAAUUAUUAAAGCCAGGACAGAAUCUCCAUUUCUUCUACCUGGUUGAACUUUAUCUCAUGGAUCUUAUUAAUAAAGGAGGACAAUUUGCCAUAGUUUUCUUCCAGGAUGCUGAGUACACAUAUUUCAGUGCUCCUGAGCUACUUCCUUUGAGAACUGCUUUAAUUCUUCAUCUUCAGAAAAAUACCCACAUUAAUGUUUGCACUCAAUUUACUGGCUGCUUAUCAAAGGAGUGGAAAAUGUUCUUGGAUGAAAAUUAUCCAUAUUUCCUGGUAAUUGCUGAUGAAGGCCUGAACCAUCUGCAAACACACCUUUUCAACUUUUUCAUUGUUCAGUCUUGGUCAGUGAGGGUCAAUGUUGUGCUUUUCUCUGGGCAAACAGCUGAUAUUCUUCGACUGUAUGCAUACUUUAUGCCAAGUGUAUACCAGAACCAGUGUUUUUUCAAGAAGAAUGAAAAGGUGAUUCAAAAUGCUUAUAGAACCCUGCUUAGACAAUUGAAAAACCAUAGAGUUUUCGCAUUAGAACCUCUUUUCAAAAAUUUAACAUCAAAACAUAUGAUGGAAGAGGCUUAUGAGACUGUAUGUCUGCUUCAGCAAGUCUGGCCAGAAGGAUCUGACAUUCGACGAGUUCUUUGUGUUACUUCGUGCUCACUGUCUUUAGGAAUGUACCAUCACUUCUUAGAAAACAGAAAGGAGACUACUGCUAAAGAGGAGACUAACAACAACAAGGUGACAAGCAAUUGCUUAACCCUGCAAGAUGCAGAGGAUUUGUGCAAACUGCAUUGUCUCAGCGUGGUUUUUCUUCUACACAUACCUCUUUCUCAGAGAGCUCGUUCUAGAUUCAUCACGUCCCAUUGGAUUAAGGACACUCAGAUAUUCUUUAGAAUGAAAAAGUGGUGUGAAUAUUUCAUCCUAUGUAAUACAAAUGUUUUGGAAUUUUGGAAUCUGAAUUUAACUCAUCUUUCUGACUUAAGUGAUGAACCUUUGCUGAAGAAUAUUACCUUUUAUUAUGAAAAUGAAAAUGUAAAAGGUCUACAUUUGAACUUGGGAAGUGCCAUUAUGAAAGACUAUGAACAUCUCUGGAAUACUGUGUCAAAAUUGGUAAAAAAGUUCAAAGUGGGAAACCCAUUUCCUUUGAGAACAACCACACUUCAGUUUCUUAAAAAGAAUCCAUCAUCAAUCAAAGAUAGCUCCAAGGAAAAGAUUCCUAAUUUGGGUUUUAUUCCAAUGUCAUGUCAAAUGGUUGACAAAUUUUCUGGAGACAUUUUGAAAGAUUUACCUUUUCUAAAAAGUGAUGAUCCUAUUGUUACUUCACUGGUUAAACAGAAGGAAUUUGAUGAACUCGUGCACUGGCAUUCUCACAGACUCCUUAGUGAUGAUUAUGAUCGGACAAAAAGCAGCUUUGAAGGAAAGACUAAAGACCCUUGGGUUCAAAAAGAUCUGCAAAAAUAUCAUCGUUUUCAGCGUUUAUAUGGAAAUUCAUUAGACCCAGUGUCUUCAAAACUCAUUGUGACUCAAGACAUAAAGUGGAAGAAGAAUUUUAAAGAGGUGAAGAGCAAAAAGACACAUGAGACCAAAGCUGAAAUAAUUGCUAGAGAGAAUAAGAAGAGAUUAUGUACCAAGGAAGAACAAAAAGAAGAGCAAAAAUGGAAUGCUCUGUCAUCUUCUAUCGAAGAAGAAAUGACACAGAAUUUAAGCUCUGGAUUAAAGAACCUGGAAGACUUUUUGAAGUCAUGUAAAAGUAACUCAGUGAAAGUUCGGGUAGAAAUGGUCGCAUUAACUGCCUGUUUGAAAGCAUGGAAAGAACACUGUCAACAUGAAGGUAAAGCCACAGAAGAUUUAAAUAUAGCUGUCCAGAUGAUGAAAAGAAUUCACUCCUUGAUGAAUAAAUACUCAGAACUUUUGCAAGAUGUAGACCGGCACCUCAUAGGCAGAUGCCUUAAGUAUUUAGGAUUUGAUGAGUUGGCGAGGUCAUUAUAUACAGAUCAGGAUGUAGUGGAUGACAAGAAGAAUAAGAAGAGGUAUUCAGUUGGCAUUGGGCCAGCUCGGUUUCAACUACAACACAUGGGCCACUAUUUGAUACGAGAGGAAAGGAAAGAUCCAGAUCCAAGGGUCCAGGGUUUUAUUCCUGAUACUUGGCAGCGAGAACUCCUCGAUGUGGUGGAUAACUAUGAAUCAGCAGUGAUUGUUGCCCCCACAUCCUCAGGGAAAACCUAUGCUUCCUACUACUGCAUGGAGAAGGUGCUGAAAGAGAGUGAUGAAGGGGUGGUUGUAUAUGUUGCACCAACCAAGGCCCUUGUUAAUCAAGUGGCAGCAACUGUUCAAAAUCGUUAUACUAAAAAUCUGCCAGAUGGUGAAGUUCUGUGUGGUGUUUUUACAAGGGAAUAUCGUCACGAUGCGCUCAACUGUCAGGUGCUUGUUACAGUGCCUGCCUGCUUUGAAAUUCUGCUGCUAGCUCCACAUCGCCAACAAUGGGUGAAAAGGAUUAGAUAUGUUAUAUUUGAUGAGGUCCAUUGUCUUGGUGGAGAAAUUGGAGCAGAAAUCUGGGAGCAUCUCCUUGUCAUGAUCCGAUGCCCAUUUUUGGCUCUGUCAGCUACAAUUAGUAACCCUGAACAUCUCACUGAGUGGCUGCAAUCAAUAAAACAUUAUUGGAGACAAGAGGACAAAAUAAUGGAAAAAAGGAUGGCCUCCAAAAGAAGUGCUGGCUCUCAUGCCAGUUUAUCCAAAGACUACGUGCAAAUAAAGCAAUCGUAUAAGGUUAGACUUGUGCUUUAUGGAGAGAGGUACAAUGAUUUAGAGAAGUACAUAUGUUCCAUCAAAGAGAAUGACAUUUGUUUUGAUCACUUUCACCCAUGUGCUGCACUAACCAUAGAUCACAUUGAAAGGUAUGGAUUCCCUUCUGAUCUUGCACUUUCACCUCGAGAAAGCAUCCAGCUUUAUGAUGCCAUGUUUCAAGCCUGGGAAAGUUGGCCACAGGCCCAGAAAUUAUGUCCAGAGAACUUCAUUCAUUUCAAGGACAAAUUAAUCAUUACAAAGAUGGAUGCUAGAAAAUAUGAAGAGAGCUUAAAGGCAGAAUUAAAAAGUUGGGUUAAAAAUGGCAAUAUAGAGCAGGCUAAAAUGGUACUAAAGUCUCUUAGCCCUAAUUCAGCUUAUAGUUCAGGAAAUAUGUUGAUGAAAUUUCCACUUCUUAUUGAAAAACUAAGGGAAAUGGAAAAGUUACCUGCUCUAAUUUUUAUGUUCAAUAUAACACAUGUAGAAUAUUUUGCUGGGAGUGUAUACAGGUUUUUGAAGGUAAAGCAGAAGGAAAAACAGUCUCCUAAAGCUCAUAAAGAAGUUCACGACAAGAUUUGCAGACUUCAAAAACUAGAGAAAUCCAUUGAGAAACAGAAGACAUUAGAGGAAAAAAGCCAGAAAAAACCAAGAAUAUUGGACCAAAAUUUCAUACUAGAAGCUGAGUAUAAUUGUCUAUUGAAAAGUCUAAACAAGAGCCUGGAAAUUCCUCAGGAUUGCACAUACACUGAUCAAAAAGUGAUGGAUGCUGAGUUAUUGAAGACAGUGUUUGAUCGUGUAAAAUUUGAAAGAAAAGGUGCAGAACUGAGAUGUUUGGCAAGAAGGGGUAUUGGAUAUCACCACAGUUCCAUGACUGCCAAAGAAAAACAGCUAGUUGAAAUUCUUUUUCGAAAAGGAUUCAUCAGGGUGGUGACAGCUACCGGAACACUUGCUUUAGGAAUCAACAUGCCUUGUAAAUCUGUGGUUUUUGCUCAAAACUCAGUCUAUCUGGAUGCUUUAAAUUACAGACAGAUGUCUGGUCGUGCUGGAAGACGGGGACAAGACCUGCUAGGAGAUGUAUAUUUCUUUGAUAUUCCACUACCCAAAGUAGAAAAACUCGUAAAAUCCAAAGUUCCUGAGCUCAGAGGACAAUUUCCUCUAAAGAUAACACUGAUCCUGCGACUCAUGCUGCUGGCUUCCAAGGCGGAUGAUCUGGAGGACGGCCAGGCGAAGGCGCUGUCAGUGCUAAAGCAUUCAUUGUUGUCCUUCAAACAACCCAGAGCCGUGGAGAUGUUAAAACUUUACUUCUUAUUUUCUUUGCAGUUCUUGGUGAAAGAGGGAUAUCUAGAUCGAGAGGGAAAUCCUACAGGGUUUGCUGGACUUGUGUCACAUUUGCACUAUCACGAACCUUCUAAUCUGGUCUUUGUCAAUUUUCUUGUGAAAGGUCUUUUCCAUAAUCUUUGCCAACCAACUAACAAAGGAUCAGAGCGUUUUUCUCAAGAUGUUAUGGAAAAACUAGUGCUAGUACUGGCAAAUCUCUUUGGAAGAAAGUACAUUCCAGCCAAGUAUUAUGAAAAAAAUUUUUAUCAAUCGAAGGUGUUUCUUGAUGAUCUUCCUGAAGAUUUCUUGGCUGCUUUAGAUGAGUAUAACACAAAAGUUAAAAAAGACUUUGCCUCUUUUUUGCUAAUUGUGUCCAAAUUGGCUGAUAUGACACAGGAGUACGAACUUCCACUGUCCAAAAUAAAAUUCACAGGUAAAGAAUGUGAAGACUCCCAACUUGUGUCUCACUUGAUGAGCUGCAAAGAAGGAAGAGUAGCAAUUUCACCAUUUGCUUGUCUCUCUGGGAACUUUGAUAGUGCUUUGCUUCAGCCAGAAAUUGCAAAAAGUAGUAUUCUGCGAAUGUUUGGAAUCACCUAUGGUCAAGCUCCUAUACUGUGGCCCAAAAGAUAUGAUAGUCAAGGAAGAAUAAUACCCCUUAAUGCUUAUGCACUGGACUUCUACAAACAUGGUUCCUUGGUAGGAAUAACACAGGACAAUGGGAUACACACAGGAGAAGCUUAUAAUUUGUUGAAAGAUUUUGGACUUGUCAUUAAAUCUAUCAGUGUUUCCUUGCGUGAAUUAUGUGAGAAUGAAGAUGACAAUGUUGUUUUAGCAUUUGAGCAACUGAGUGAAACCUAUUUUGAAAAACUGAAGAAAGUCUAAAGUCAAAGUUCAUGUAAAUCUCUUACAAUAUCGCCAUGCAAGUCCUACAAGUCACAGUUUUGGUUCUCCUGCUUUUUGUGAGAAAACACAUGAUGAAGUGAAAGAAAAAGCCCUGUCUUCAAAGAGUGGGAUUCACACCUGCAUGAUUCCCAUCCAUGAGAACGCUCUUGGACAAAUUAUUUAGUGUGUGUGAGUCUUGGUUUCUUUUAAUGUUUGAAAAAUUAUGCUUACGUCAGAGAAUAUUGAGGUUUGACAGAAAAUGGAACUAAAGAACCAUUGUUUUCCUCUGAGACCUAAACAAAUAUUAAACUUUUAAUAUUUUUCUUUUUUUCAGUAUUUCUAAAGUGUUUAGUAAGGCUAGAGAGACAUGAUUGCAGUGUCCUAAAGGUGAAAUGUAUUCUUUCCAAAUAACACAAAUGGGAUUACAUAAUGCAGAAACAUGACUUGAAAUAGUGUCUUCUAGUGAACCAAGUGCUUCAAAAACACAAGAACUUUAGAUUUAAAUUAUGUGAUGUGUAAAUAAUAUACAGCUGAUUUUUUAAAAAAAUUUAAUUACACAUGAGGGACUGGAAAACAAAAAAGAAUUAAAAUGAUUUAAAUUUCUUAC